UUUGCGAAACGAAGCAAAUUUUUGAUAAAACUUCUAGAAUGAAAUUGAGCUAAUAUUUUAUUUCUGGAUAAUCAUGAAUUCAGUUUUAUCUAGAAUUAUUAUCCAUUUUCUUUCAAAAAUAUUAUCUAAACUUAAUAUUUUUUGUACUAUAUAAAUAAAAUUGCGUGGUAGGAAAUUUGACCUAAAUCUGUGUUGAUCGAUUUUAGGUUCUUUCUCAAAACGCAUUUUACAACUAGGGAAGAGAAUUUGAAGAAGUUUUGUUUUGGUAAAACUGGAUCUCUCUAUUGAUCUCCUUUUUAGUUGAUUUCGUUUUAUAUAUCCAUUCUUCAUCUCCAAAUAUGGUUCAAGCUAGAAAUCAGAUUAUGUUGUUUCAUCAAAUGGACAAAAUAUCGACACCAUGCGCGGCAUGCAAGCAGCUGAGGAGAAAAUGCACAAAAGAUUGUGUGUUUGCGCCUUACUUCCCCACGACCAAACAAGAAAACUACGAAGCGGUCCACAAGGUAUUCGGUGCAAGCCAUGUGGCUACACUUAUCAACGAUCUGCACCCAUUGAAGAGAGAAUUUGCCAUGAACAGCCUCGCUUGGGAGGCACGAGUUCGUGUCAAAGAUCCGGUCUAUGGCUGCACGGCUAUCAUUGACCGCCUCGAAAGUCAGCUUAAAGACUCGGAAGAACAACUCGCGAUGGUCAAGAACGAGCUCGCCUCUUACGGUAUCGUCCCGACAUGUGUGCCAUCGCCUCCGAUGAUGUAUCAGCAAAUGCAUAACAAUCCUAUGACGAUAUCGGAAUAUACACCUAACAAUGGUGGUUUUUUAACGGGUCAACAGUUACAUGACGAGGCACAACGUUUUGUAUCCACACAACGCGCUCAAAUGCAGCAAACGCAAGAGACGCAGACGCAGCACAAUGAGAUUGACCGUGACUAAAAUGUCGUAUCAAAGAUUUGAACCAUGCUUUACAUUUAAUCAUAUAGUCUUGAUAACAAUGGUAACCUUUUUUAAUUUUUUUAAA